AUGGGUAAAACAAAUUUAGAUGGAGUUGAUUUAUACGAAUUGUUUGGCCUAACGAUAAACGCGAGUUUAAAUGAAAUUCGAACUGCUUAUCGUAAGAAGGCAUUAAAAUGUCAUCCAGAUAAAAAUCCAGACAAUCCAAAAGCAGCAGAAUUAUUUGUACAAUUAACCGAUGCCUUAGAAAUCCUAUUAGACGAAUCAGCUAGAGCUGCUUAUAAUAAAUUACUCGAGGCAAAAGAAGCUGCUAGAAUAAGGCAUCAGCAUUUAGAUGAAAAAAGGAAAAAAUUUAAAGAAGAUUUAGAAGCAAGAGAAACAGCUCAUUUUGCAAAGAUAAAAAAACAGAAAACAGAAGAAGAAAAAUUAAAAGAUGAAAUAGCGAGACUUCAAAAAGAGGGAGCAAAAUUAGUUCAAGAAGAAAUAAAAUUAUUACAAGAAGAAAUUAGUCGAGAGUUAGGAUCUGAUGUAAAUAAUUUGACGGAGGAUGGAAGUCGGUAUAAAAUUAUAAUUGAAUGGAAAGGGGAAAAAAAUGAUGGGGAAAAUGGAGGUUACAAUGAAGAUGUAUUAAAUAGAAUUUUUAAAAAAUAUGGCGAUGUAGUAGCAGUGGUUGUUUCAACCAAGAAAAAAGGUCAGGGACUAAUCGAAUUCAAAGAAAAACGAGCAGCUGAAUUAGCAAUGAAGAUAGAAUUGGGUUUUAUGAAUAAUCCAUUAAAAUUAAAAUGGCUUGAUAAAAACAUGAGACAGACAAAAAACAGUGGUAAAUUUGUAAAUGAUUCACUCAUCAAUGAAAGAGAUUAUGAAAGUUUGGUUAUUAGAAAAAUGAGACAAGCAGAAGAAAGGAAAAGAUUACAGGAACAAAUAUUAAAAGAAGAUAUCGAUGACAAUGAUUAA